AUGGCGGGAGAGAGCCCGGAGUCAAGCGCAGCUGCUGCUGCUGCUGAACAGGAGCAGCAGCAAGAGCAGCAGCAGCAAGAGCAGCAGCAGCAAGAGCAGCAGCAGCUAGAGCAGCAGCAACAAGAGCAGCAGCAGCAAGAAGAGGAGCAACAAGAGCAACAGGAGCAAGAGCAGCAAGAGCCGGAGCAGCAAGAACAAAAUCAGCAAGCGCAGCAGCAGCAGCAGCAGCAACAGACAGAAGAGGAGCAGCAGACGCAGCAGCAGCAGGAGCAAGAGCAGUCAGAGCAGCAGCAGCAGCAGCAAGAGGAGCAGCAGCAGCAGCAGCAAGAGGAGCAGCAGCAAGAAGCGCCUCAGGCCGAGCAGCAGCCAGAAGUGCAGCAGCAGCAACAACAGCAGCAACAGCAGCAGCCAGAGGCUCCCGCGCAGCCGCUGCAGCAGCAGCAGCAACUGCAGCAGCAGCAGCAGCAGCAGCAGCUGCUGCUGCGGCUGCAGCAGCAGGAACGCGAAACCCUAACCAACGAACAAGGCCGAAUUAUUCUUGACGAAAUAGAAAGACGAAUAGCCCUAUAUUCUGAGCUGAAGGUGUGGCUGGAGGGGGGCCCGUUGUCUGCUGCUCGUUUGCUGCUGACGCUGCGGGCGAAGAGAGAUUUGGUGCUGCAGCAGGAGCAGCAGCUGCUGUCAACUGCAGCACAACUCCGGACCUUAGAAAGUCUUCAAGAGCUAGUCAACCCCCCCUGCCUUUCAGGUACAAGUCCAGCAGCAGCAGCAGCAGCAGCAGCAGCAGCAGCAGCAGCAGCAGCAGGGGCGGCGGAGGCGGCGGCUGGAGGGUUGGCCGUGUGCUGCAAGCAGCAGUGCAGCAGCAGCAACAGCAGCAACAGCAGCCACAGCACUUCUGAGCUGGAGGACUACAAGCGGCGCAUGCAGUCUUUGGAGGCGAAGGGAAAUGCUCUUGCUGCUGCUGUCUUGAAGUUGGAAAACAAAAUCACGGAACUUGCUGCUCUCUACAACACCACAGUAACUGCUGCUGCUGCUGCUGCUGCUGCUGCUGCUGCUGCUGCUUCUGCUGCUGCUGCUGCUGCUGCUGCUGCUGUAGUUAGCGCCGCGGCUGAGGCUGGCCCUGCUGCUGCUGCUGCUGCUGAUUCUGGGGGCGGGGGUGCUGCUGCUGCGGACGCUGCUGCUGCUGCUGUUGCUGCUGCUGCCGUUGCUGCUGCUGCUGCGAAAGCUGCUGCUGCUUCUGCUGUUGCUGUUGCUGCUGCUGCUGCUGCUGCUGCAGAUGAAUAUGGUCAGCAGCGUCAUGCAGGAGUGGCAUUUAGUCCUCUCAGAAGCAGAAGCAGGAACAGAGACAGGGCCCUGAGACCAGGGGGCCCCUGGGGGGUCCCGAGGGGCCCCCCAAGGCCCCCCCAGGGGGCCCUUGGGGGCCCCCAAGGCUUUCCUUGGGGGCCCCUGUGGGGCUCUCUAGGGGGCCCCUAG